UGGUGGGCGGGACCGGCGGGACGAAGUGUAGUGUUGAAGGACCUUAUCUUCUCUCUCUCCGACGAUGCACUCACUACCGUCGCAAGCGAUUCGUCCUCUUUCACUCUCUUCAUCAUCUUCAACCUCUCUCUACCUCCGUUCCAUCUCUUCAACCUUCUCAGUUUCCCCUUUUUUCAAUCUUCAAUCCCCUGUUUUUGCCGCCAUUUCCAGCCGACUACGACGUUCCACCGUCAGAAGUUGCUCCUCCAUCACCGCCAAGCCAUCCUCGGAGAUCAGACGGACCCGCCCUAAUAACGAUGAGCCUGAUUCCAAGCUUCGGGCUCUCCGUGACUUGUUCUCGAAACCCGACAUUGGUAUUGACGCCUAUAUAAUCCCAUCACAGGACGCUCACCAGAGUGAAUUCAUUGCAGAAUGUUACAUGAGGAGGGCUUAUAUAUCCGGAUUUACUGGCAGCGCUGGAACUGCUGUUGUCACAAGCGACAAAGCAGCACUUUGGACAGAUGGACGGUAUUUUCUUCAGGCUGAGAAACAACUAAACUCUAGUUGGACUCUCAUGCGAGCUGGAAAUCAUGGAGUGCCCACCCCAAGUGAAUGGCUUGCUGAUAUUCUAGCUCCUGGUGGUGUAGUUGGAAUUGAUCCCUUUCUUUUUUCUGCCGAUGCUGCAGAAGAUUUGAAAGAGACCGUUUCUAGGAAGAAUCACAAGUUGGUUUACCUUUAUGAUUACAAUCUCGUGGAUGAAAUAUGGAAAGAUUCAAGACCAAAGCCACCUAGGGGCCCUAUAAGAGUGCAUGACCUUAGAUAUGCUGGUUUAGACGUUGCAUCAAAGUUGGCUUCUUUGAGGUCUGAGCUCAAAGAAGCUGGUUCAUCUGCAAUCAUUAUAUCUGUGCUCGAUGAAAUUGCCUGGCUGUUGAACUUGAGAGGAAGUGAUGUUCCAAACUCACCUGUUAUGUAUGCAUACUUACUAGUUGAACUUGACGGAGCAAAACUGUUUGUAGAUAAUUGUAAAGUCACAUCAGAGGUGAUGGAUCACUUGAAAACUGCAGGAGUCGAGUUAAGACCAUAUGAUUCCAUUAUUUCUGCAAUUGAAAAUUUGGCAGAAAAAGGAGCUAAUCUUUGGCUGGACACAUCAUCAAUUAAUGCUGCAAUUGCAAAUGCUUAUAGAAGUGCAUGUGAUAAAUACUUUAUACGCCUGGGGAAUAAAAGAAAAGGCAAGGGUAAGACUUCUGAGACCUCAAAUAGUCAGGUUGGACCUACUGGAGUCUAUAAGUCAUCUCCCAUUUCAAUGGCUAAGGCCAUAAAAAAUUAUGCUGAGUUAGAGGGGAUGCGGAAUUCUCAUUUGAGAGAUGCAGCUGCUCUUGCUCAAUUCUGGUUCUGGUUGGAGCAGGAAAUUCUUAACGGUGUUAAACUAACGGAGGUAGAAGUUGCAGACAAGCUUCUAGAAUUUCGAAAGAAGCAAGAUGGUUUUGUUGACACAAGUUUCGAUACUAUUAGUGCCUCUGGUGCAAAUGGCGCGAUCAUACACUAUAAACCAGAACCUAGUGAUUGUUCUGUUGUGGAUGCAAAUAAACUCUUUCUCUUGGACAGUGGAGCGCAAUAUGUAGAUGGAACAACUGAUAUAACUCGUACAGUUCAUUUUGGUGAACCAACCACUCGUCAAAAAGAGUGCUUUACGAGAGUCCUACAAGGCCAUAUAGCUUUAGAUCAAGCAGUGUUUCCUCAGGAUACCCCUGGUUUUGUAUUAGAUGCAUUUGCUCGUUCUUCACUCUGGAAGAUUGGGCUUGACUAUCGACAUGGGACUGGGCAUGGUGUAGGGGCUGCACUAAAUGUUCAUGAGGGACCCCAAAGUAUAAGCUUCCGAUUUGGGAAUAUGACUGGCUUACACAGUGGAAUGAUCGUUAGCAACGAGCCAGGCUACUAUGAGGACCACUCUUUUGGUAUUAGGAUUGAGAAUCUCCUUAUCGUGAAGGAUGCUGACACUCCAAACCAUUUUGGAGGGAUUGGAUAUUUAGGAUUUGAAAAACUCACGUUUGUGCCCAUUCAGACUAAACUUGUUGAUAUCACUUUGCUCUCUGUUGAGGAGGUCAAUUGGCUAAAUGAUUACCAUUCACAAGUCUGGGAAAAGGUUUCUCCGUUGCUUGAAGGUUCGGCUCGCCAAUGGCUGUGGAACAACACUCGACCACUCAUGAAAUCCUGAUUUUUUUGGUUUGAUUUUUUUACGUUAUUUGACAUAAUGUUGUGAUAUGUGUCCGUUGAAUCAAAUGUAGAUGAAUAGUGAAAUGGUAUGAAUGGGUUUGAAACUGAACUUGGAAAUUUACUUCUAUAAGAAAUGGGUUGUUCUUCUCUUCC